ACUAAAAAAGCCAACAUCAAAAUGGAGUCGACUCGUCUUCAGUCGUAGUGCGUCGCAUUGCACGAUCUAUUGGCAACUUCAAAAAUGCUUAUUUUAAACUUGAUAUUUGCACUGCCGAAGCGCUUAAAAUAUCGUGAGUGCGUGGAGAUGUGAUCAGGUGCAUUAUUGUAAUUAGAUGUCGGUGGAUACGAAGUAUGAACAUCGUGGACGACGCCGACGGGCCUUUGGAUCCCCGUAUUCAGAUCGAGUUAGAAAAUCUAAACAAUGCCACAGAUGAUAUUAACAAACUUGAAAUUGAGUUGGACGAAGCUAACACUGCCUAUGGUCAGUUAUUAUCAGAGUCCACAAAUCGAUUAAAGGAAUUGAUGAAUAAAUUGGGUAGCAAUUGCAUUGAUAAAGCAAGAUGUUACUUUGAAGCUUGCACAGUUGCACAUCAAGCCAGACUGAAAUGUCAACAACAAGCUCAACUGUAUCAAAAAGCUAAUGUAGUCCAUGACGCAGCAAAAGAAACUGUUGCAUUAGCAGAAACUCGUUUUUUGUCACAUCAGCAUGAAUGGAAUUUUGAUCAAGCAUGGCAAGAACAUCUCAAUCAUGCAACACAAAAGGUGAUGGAAGCAGAAAAGCAAAAGGCAGAAUGUGCUCGAGAACAUCAAAGAAGAACUCUCCUUUUCCAUGAAGCAGAAAAAAAAGUACAACAGCUAGAAGAAAAAUAUCGAAGAUCUAUUCAUAAGGCACAACCCUUUUUCGAUUUUAAAGCUCAAUGUGAUCAGAAGUUAACAAUACAGAAAGAAGUUGUGGAUUGCUUGAAAAAAGCGGUGAAAGAUGCUAAAUGUUCUUAUGCAAGAAGUCUGCGUGCCUUGGAAGAUAUAAGUAAUCAAAUACAUGAAAAAAGAAGAGAUUAUGAUAUUAUUACUAACGGACCGCGAGAGCCUGGGGUAGGAGCUGAGCUUGUUACUCCAAAUGAGAGCUUAAAUUAUCAAGAAGAACUGAACAAGAUGAGAAUCAAUAGAGUGAACUCGUAUGCAAGCAGUGAACAAGAUAUUGAUGAUAGAAGUCAAGACUUUGAAGAUAUCAGAGACUUGAAACAAAAAGUUGAUAAUCUUAGCGUUAGAUCCGUUGACGGCAGCGAGUCGACAACCAGUAAUUGGGAAUUGGAAUUGCAAGCCAGUAUGGAAAAGUUGAAUAACUUGCCGUAUAUAAUUUGUGAAAGUGAUAAAACUGACAGUAUAAAUAAUAGUGAUUUAAAGACUGUAAAAGUCACAAAUUAUAAGGAAGAUAGCGUGAACGCUGUACCUAACGAAAAAGUAUUAAAAAACGAUAAGAACGAUCGUCGCAAGCAACUCGACGACAUUUAUCAGGGUUGGCAAUCGCUGACUCAAAGCCCGAUCAAUUCAAUAAUUAAUCGAUCAAAGUUAGCACUCAAGAACAGCUUAACCAAAUCUCUGAGCAAUAGCCCAGUGAAUAUGGGAUCUUUUUCAUUUAGCAAAUCCAAGCCACAUAAUACUCAGGGUACCAGUAGCUUACAUAAUCCAUAUCCAACCAAUGAGAAAAAAGCUAUUACAAACUGCACACAAGAAAAUAUUAUAAAUAGAGAACAAAUUGAGGCUAGUAGUCAUAAAAAUGAAGUCGAUAAGGUCAAUACUCACGAGAUUUCGUGCAGGACACCGAGCACAGCUACUGCUUCACUAGCCAAAAUACAAUCUCCCGUACGACCAUUUCAGCUAUCCAUAGAAAAUACUCAAGUACAAAAUGUGUCUAAAACGACUCAUAGCUUAGAUUCGACACCCGUUAAAAUUAAGCCCCUAUCUUCAUCGACUUUCGCAUAUUCUUUGAAUGACCAUUUAAGUGAUGCUGGCAAAAAGUUUCACAGUGUUCCGCAGUCGGAUGAUUUAUCAUAUAAAACCAAGGAACUGCCAUUACUCUCAUUUUUCCAAAAAUCCACCGCUCUCAUACCAUCCAAGGACAAAAGCUGCAGUUUGGUUAAUCUUAACGAAAAGCAGCAUUUGAAAACUCUACUUGACAAGUCAAGUUUAGGUAACAUUCAAGCAAUCAGUGUGGAAAAACUGGCAAACGCUAGACAUAAGCUGGUCGGAGACAGUUAAAAUUUAUUCGAUAUCUUUCGAAUAGUGCAAUUGUGAUGACAUAAUAUUCAAUUGAAAGAUUUUAUAAAAGACGUUCAAAUUUGCCAACUCACUAUUUAGCCUAAUGCAAUCUCAUACAAGGCCUGUAUGUUUGAAUUACGUAACUUCCCUUGUAGCUUCGAUUUUUAUAUAACUCGCUGUGUUCAAAUAGAAUAACAAUAAUUAUUUCAUUAAUUUUCAGCAUAAUAUGACAAGAAAUACUUUUAUUCAUAAGCAAUUUGAUUAGGCACAAAUUGCAUACAAAGUUCCUUUGCUAAUUUUUUUUAUCGCAGCAACGAAUUUUAGUAGAUCGUGGAUCGAAAAAUAAAAAAAUAGUGUAGAAUAUUAAGAAUUUUUUUUAUUCUAACAUAUAAAUUUAAAAAUAAACCGAUUCGUUAAUAAAUCAAAAUAUUUCACUUUAUUCUUGCCAAAAGAAGAAAGUAUGAAAAAUAUUUAUAAGACUCCAUUAAAAUUGGCGUCUAAGCGAUUGAGCAUUACUUGAACGACUGUUAGAUUUUUAUAUGGUUUUGUUGGAAUACUUUUUAAAGGUCUUAUUUAACUGUGAGAUCACUGUUAUAAUGUAUACAAAUUGUUGUAAUUGUAAAAUAAUUAAGAGAUAAUUCGUUUGAUGGUUCCUGCGAAAAAUUUGCAGGGCAAACAAUAAUUAAUUUUCUAAUGUGUUGCUCAUUUGGAGUAAACAUUGGAGAAUCAUUUAUUGUUCAAGAUUGUAGAUAAAACCCGAGUUAUGUGGAAUCAAAAUUAUUGUUAACGUGUAGUCUUAAGUCAUCGUCACCUCAUCAUUUGAUUGUAACUAAUUCAUAUUCAUAUCUCUAAACUAGAGUUACUUUCUUGUAAAGAUAAAACUAAAAAAAUUGUUGCUAUCGUUGCAUAGCUUAUAAGCUAUGUGUACUUUACACAGUCAGCAAUUUAGGACAAGACGCAUUUUUAGAGCGUGAAAUUGCCAAAUUUUUCUGUAAUUAAAUAAUUUACAAAUGGUGUGUAAGUUAAUUUUUUACGGAAUAUUUUUCGAACAAAUACAUUAAAAUAUAUAAUCUGAAAAUUUAUAUUGUUAAUAGUCACUUAAAAUAUUUAUUUAAACAUUCACAUCUCGUAAGUGAUAAUAAAUCUAUUUCGCAAAAUUUAGUAAAUAAUUUAGAAUAAUUUUUUGUUGAGCUAAAUUAACGUGUUUUUAUAUCGGAUUGUUUACAAUGUCGUUUCUACUAUUUUAUCUUUUACUUUUUUCUGCGCAUGAAUAGUCAACAUGCUUUUA